AUGCCACUUGUUAUAUUCUCAGGCCUUCCAUCCUCUGGGAAGACAACCCGUGCAAAGGCACUACAGGAACAACUACUCUCCAAAAUAGCCUCACUCCCACCUUCCUCACCAGGUGCAAAUCUAAAAGUUAUACUACAUAAUGAUGAAAGUUUAGGAAUACAAAAAGAAGAAUAUAGAGAAUCCAAAACUGAAAAAUCCCUUAGAGGUUUACAAAUGAGUGCAGUGAAAAGAGACAUUUCUCGUAAUAACAUCGUGAUACUAGAUUCCCCAGCUUAUAUAAAAGGUUUCAGAUACCAGUUACAUUGUGAAGCAAAAGCACUUUCCACAGCUUGUUGUGUCAUCCACGUCAUGGCUCCAUUAUCCACAUGUCUUGAAUGGAACGAGCAAAGACCUGAUAAAUGGGACCCAGAACUAUUAAAGGCAUUGAGCAUGAGAUAUGAAGAGCCUGAUGGGAACUCAAGAUGGGAUUCUCCAUUGAUUCCAAUUGCAUAUGAUGAUAAGGAUAUACCAUUUGAUGAUAUUUGGAAUACACUAGUCUUUGCUAAACCCCCACAGGCGAAUGCUGCCACUAUGAUGAAGCCUGCUACAAAGACUAACUAUUUGCAAGAGUUGGAUAAGGGGACUCAAUUUGUUAUUAAUAAAGUUAUUGAGUUUGAAGAUUUACAAACUGGGAGAGUAAAGAUUGAUGAGGAUUUAUUCUUGGCUUUACCUAUUGAUGGGGUUAGUGUUGCUAAAUUACAAAGAAUAAGAAGAACUUUUGUCACGUUGAAUAGAGUUAGAAGUUUGGAUGUUGAUAGAAUCAUUCCUUUAUUUGUGGAUUAUUUGGAUAGUAAUUUAAAUAGAGAUGAUUAA